GAGCAGCCGCAGCCUCUGCCUCGGCCACGCCGCUGCCGGGGAAGAGUCCUGGGGCUGCUGACGCGGCUGGGAGGAGCCUCGCCUUUAAUGCACCAGCCGCCUCCAGCCUCCUGCAGCAGCGGCGGCGGCGGCGAGUGCGCGCGUGCGGGCGCGAGGGCUCGGACCAUGGUGCAGUCCCUCUGGCUCCCCUGCCCCCCUCUCCUGUGAGACUGGCUGCGGGGAGGGAUCAUGGAUACUUGUCUGCCGGCUUCUGGUUCCCACGCAAGUAAGCCUGCUGUCAAUGGAGGAGGACAUUGAUACCCGCAAAAUCAACAACAGUUUCCUGCGCGACCACAGCUAUGCGACCGAAGCUGACAUUAUCUCUACGGUAGAAUUCAACCACACGGGAGAAUUACUAGCGACAGGGGACAAGGGGGGUCGGGUUGUAAUAUUUCAACGAGAGCAGGAGAGUAAAAAUCAGGUUCAUCGUAGGGGUGAAUACAAUGUUUACAGCACAUUCCAGAGCCAUGAACCCGAGUUCGAUUACCUGAAGAGUUUAGAAAUAGAAGAAAAAAUCAAUAAAAUAAGAUGGCUCCCCCAGCAGAAUGCAGCUUACUUUCUUCUGUCUACUAAUGAUAAAACUGUGAAGCUAUGGAAAGUCAGCGAGCGCGAUAAGAGGCCAGAAGGCUACAAUCUGAAGGAUGAGGAGGGCCGGCUCCGGGAUCCUGCCACCAUCACUACCCUGCGGGUGCCUGUCCUGAGACCCAUGGACCUGAUGGUGGAGGCCACCCCCCGCAGAGUCUUUGCCAACGCGCACACGUAUCACAUCAACUCCAUAUCAGUCAACAGCGACUAUGAAACCUACAUGUCCGCCGAUGACCUGAGGAUUAACCUGUGGAACUUUGAAAUAACCAAUCAAAGUUUUAACAUCGUGGACAUUAAGCCGGCCAACAUGGAGGAGCUCACGGAGGUGAUCACCGCAGCCGAGUUCCACCCGCAUCACUGCAACACCUUCGUGUACAGCAGCAGCAAAGGGACAAUCCGGCUGUGCGACAUGCGGGCGUCAGCCCUGUGUGACAGGCACACCAAGUUUUUUGAAGAGCCGGAAGAUCCAAGCAACAGAUCGUUUUUCUCUGAAAUUAUCUCUUCGAUUUCGGAUGUGAAGUUCAGCCACAGCGGGAGGUAUAUCAUGACCAGAGACUAUCUGACCGUUAAAGUGUGGGACCUCAACAUGGAAAACCGCCCCAUUGAAACUUACCAGGUUCAUGACUACCUCCGCAGCAAGUUGUGCUCCCUCUAUGAAAAUGACUGCAUUUUUGAUAAAUUCGAGUGUGUGUGGAAUGGGUCAGACAGUGUCAUCAUGACGGGCUCCUACAAUAACUUCUUCAGGAUGUUUGACCGAAACACCAAGCGUGAUGUGACCCUGGAGGCCUCGAGGGAAAACAGCAAACCCCGGGCUAUCCUCAAACCCCGAAAAGUGUGCGUGGGGGGCAAGCGGAGAAAAGACGAGAUCAGUGUCGACAGCCUGGACUUUAGCAAAAAGAUCUUGCAUACAGCUUGGCAUCCUUCAGAAAAUAUUAUAGCAGUGGCGGCUACAAAUAACCUAUAUAUAUUCCAGGACAAGGUUAACUAGGUGGACAAGUUAUUACUUAAUAAUCUCACAUACUGAAUACUAGUCAAACAAGUUUUUAAAUGUUUCUUUGGGUCUUCAUUUGAUGCAUUGACUUUAAUUUCCCUAUGCAGAAAAACAAUUGGAAUAGGAUUAAAAGGAGUCCAACUUUCCCAGUUCCCCAGUUCUAAGAAACUUUUGUCCAAUCCAAUAGGUUGGGGAACACUUCUGUUUAGAAUUGAGAGCUGCCAGCUAACAGUAAUUCUUCCAUAGGUGACUUGAAUUUCUGAUGCUUUUAUUGCCCAGUUUUCUCUGGUGGGUCCAGUGUUUUGUUCCUAGGUGUCUGCUGCGAUAAAAUGAGGUUGUCUGUAGUAUUUAAGGAGAAAAGAAAUACGUUUUUUUUUUAAAUUAAGGAAUUCCAUUUGAUUGAAAAAAACUCAACAAAAAAUAAACACCGUUCACUCUUA